AUGGCUCUGUCUCUUUGUGGUAUUCUCCUUUGUGUGUUAAGCUUCCUCUCUGGGUAUAGACAUGGAUGGUCUGAUCUAAAGAUUGUUGCCCAAUUGGAUUUUACAUUUAGAUCAUUUGCCUGGUUUUUUAUUUCUGUUUACUUACAAAUCCAGUUUUCUCAUUCAAAUGAGCGUAAAUUCCCCAUUAUACUAAGGAUUUGGUGGGCCUUCUACUUCCUAAUGUCUUGUUCCUAUCUUAUUAUACAUCUUGGUUUCUAUUGGAAACAUUUUUCCUUACCAAUCUUGCUGGGGGUUUCCGAUGCUGUAUCCAUUAUUGCUAGUUCAUCCAUAUGUUAUGUUGAGAUGCUUGGUAAAGGGCAAGAAGAUGAAGAUUUCCAUCUUUUGGAGUCUCUUUUGAAAAGUAGUUCCAAUCGAAACAAUAGCGAUGAUAGACAAGAGUCUAGUGUAAAUUCUUAUGCAAAUGCGAAUCUUCUUAGUAUUGUUACUUUUGCUUGGAUGGGUCCUUUGGUUGCACUUGGAUAUAAAAAAACAUUGGAUCUUGAAGAUAUUCCUCAACUUGCCAGUUAUGAUAGUGCCAAUGUGGUCUUUUCUUGUUUAAGAAAUAAAAUCGAAUCUGAUGGUAAUAGUUGUGGUAAUGGUGGUCAGGUAAGCACACUCAAAUUGGUGAAAGCAUUGAUUUUUCUAACUUGGAAAGAAAUUCUAUGGACGGGUCUACUAUCUGUUAUAUGCACAUUGGCUUCUUAUGUUGGACCAUACCUUAUUGUCGUCUUUUUUCAAUAUCUGAAUAGCUCUCACCAAGUAAAAUUUGAAGGCUAUAUGCUAGUGUUUAUUUUCUUUUUUUCAAAGCUCAUAAAGUGCCUCUCAGAUAGGCAUUUGUUCUUCCAAUUGCGAAGGAUGGGAAAUAGGGUCCGCGCUGCCUUGUAUUCAAUCAUCUAUAAGAAGAAUCUUAGGCUUUCAAGCCAAUCAAAGCAGGGCCACACUAGUGGGGAAAACGUUAAUUUGAUGACUGUUGAUGUUGAGAGGACUGGAUUUUUCAGUUGGUACUUGCAUGAUAUAUGGAGGGUGCCUCUUCAGCUUGUUUUAGCUUUGUAUAACUUAUACAAGAGGCUUGGUCUUGCUUCACUUGUAGCUUUUGUUGCCACAAUAAUUUUGAUGUUAGCAAAUGUUCCAUUGGGAAAACUACAGGAGAAUCUUCAGGGGGAAUUGAUGGAUUCAAAAGAUCGAAGGAUGAAAGUGACAACAGAGGCUCUGAGGAAUAUGAGGAUUCUCAAGCUUCAGGGUUGGGAGAUGAAAUUCUUGACUAAGAUUAUUGAUCUUAGGAACUUUGAAACAAAAUGGUUAAAGAAGUUACUUUAUACAUCAGCUAUGACUGCCUUUGUAUACUCAUCUACUCCCUUAUUUGUAUCUAUUGUUACUUUUGGGUUUUGUGUGCAUAUGGGAAUUCAGUUGGACUCGGGAAAAAUUCUAUCUGCACUUGCAACAUUUGAAAUGUUGCAAGCACCUAUUUAUAAUCUCCCAGACACAAUUGCAAUGGUAGUUCAGAUUAAAAUCUCUCUUGACAGGAUAACCUCAUUCCUCUGUCUUGAUGAUCUCCAUCAAAAUAUAGUACAUGAGCUUCCAAAAGAUAAUACGGAAGUUGUUGUUGAGAUACUCAAUGGGAAUUUUUCUUGGGACCUUCAGUCCCCUAAUCUCACAUUAAAAGAUCUUAAUUUUCAAGUGAAACAUGGUAUGAAAGUGGCUGUUUGUGGUUCUGUUGGGUCAGGCAAGUCAAGCCUACUUUCAUGCAUAUUGGGGGAAGUACCAAAGGUAUCUGGAGCUAUUAAGUUGAAGGGGAAGAAGGCCUAUGCUGCACAAUCACCUUGGAUACAGAGCGGCAAGAUAGUAGACAAUAUAUUAUUUGGUAAGGAAAUGGAUAAGGAAAGGUAUGAGAUGAUCAUUGAAGCAUGUUCAUUGAAGAAGGACCUAGAAUUAUUUACCUUUGGAGAUCAAACCAUCAUAGGGGAAAGGGGGAUCAACUUGAGUGGUGGGCAAAAGCAAAGAAUACAGAUUGCACGUGCUUUGUACCAUGAUGCUGAUAUUUAUCUACUUGAUGAUGCUUUUAGCGCCGUGGAUGCUCACACAGGAACUCAUCUAUUUAAGGAAUGUCUGUUGGGAGUUUUGGGUUCAAAAACAGUAAUUUAUGUUACCCACCAAGUAGAGUUUUUUCCUUCUGCCGAUCUUAUUCUGGUGAUGAAAGAUGGAAAGAUUACUCAAGCAGGAAAGUAUGAAGAAAUUCUUAGUUCAGGAACUGAUUUUAUGGAGUUAGUGGGUCCACAUAAGAAAUCUUUGGAAAAACUUAAUUCUGUGGAACAUGAGGCUGCUUUAGAUAAUUUAAUUAAUGACAAGGAUGAUGAUGAUAUGUUAUGUGAUAAGUUUAUUCAAGAUGAUAAAGUAAUGGAAUCAAAAAGUUAUGAAACUAAAAUGCCUAAUGGGCCAGAAGGGCAACUUGUCCAAGAAGAAAAGAGAGAAAAGGGUGGAGUUAGUCCUUCAGUCUAUUGGAAAUAUGUUACAGCUGUAUAUAAAGGGUCUUUUGUGCCAUUGAUAUUGCUAGCACAAAUUUUUUUUGAGAUUCUCUUAAUAGUUAGUAGUUACUGGAUGGUUUUGGCUAAUCCUGAUUCAGAGAAUGUAAGACUUCAUGUUACAGGAUUUACUUUCAUUUUUACCUAUAUUGCUUUAACCAUUGGAGGCUCUCUUUGUACACUUAUAAGGUCCAUGCUCAUUGUAACUGUUGGAUAUAAGACAGCCACUUUGCUCUUCAACAAAAUGCAUUUGUGCAUUUUUCGUGCUCCCCAAUCAUUUUUUGAUUCUACUCCGAGUGGAAGGAUUCUCAACCGGGCAUCCGUAGAUCAAAGUGCAGUUGAUACCUCUAUUCCACAUAAAUUUCAAGAACUUCUUAUCUCAAUCACAACAUUUUUGGGAACUAUCGCAGUAAUGUCACAAGUUGCAUGGAAAAUGUUGAUAGUUUUUAUUCCGAUGACUGUGGCGUGCAUUUGGUACCAGCAAUACUACAUAUCUGCAGCACGAGAACUAUCACGAUUGUAUGGAGUAUGCCAAGCUCCAAUUAUACAACACUUUACUGAAUCUAGUUUAGGUUCAACCACAAUCAGAUGCUUUGAUCAAGAAGAGAGGUUCAUGGACACAAACCUCAAGUUAGUGGAUGAGUAUUUCCGGCCUAGGUUUUAUUUCUCUGGUGCAGUAGAGUGGUUAUGCUUUCGCAUGGAUAUGUUGGCAUCCAUCACAUAUGCCAUCUUUUUGGUUUUUCUGAUCUUAGUGCCGAAGGGAGUACUCGCUCCUGGUGUUAUGGGUUUAGCAGUCACAUAUGGGCUUAGUUUCAGUAUGCAUGGGGUCAUAUGGGAUCUUUGCGGUCUUGAGAACAAAAUCAUAUCUAUUGAGAGAAUAUUGCAGUAUGCCUGCAUCCCUAAUGAACCCCCUUUGUUUGUAAAAGAAAAUAAGCCAAGUCAUGAAUGGCCAUCACAAGGAAAAAUUGAUAUUGUUGAUCUACAGGUCCGGUAUGGCCCACAUCUUCCUCUCGUCUUGCAAGGUCUUACAUGCACUUUCCCUGAAGGGAGUAAGAUUGGUAUUGUUGGGCGAACAGGAAGUGGUAAAUCAACUCUCGUACAAACUCUCUUCCACAUGCUUGAGCCUGCAGCUGGUCAAAUUUGGAUAGAUGGUAUCAACAUCUUCAAUAUUGGCCUUCAUGAUUUGAGGUCAAGAUUGAGCAUCAUCCCGCAAGACCCAGUAAUGUUUGAGGGGACUCUAAGAAGUAACCUUGACCCGCUUGAAGAUUACACUGAUGAACAGAUAUGGGAGGCUUUAGAUAGAUGUCAACUUGGUGAUGAAGUUAGAAAGAAGGAAGGGAAGCUUGAUUCUUCAGUUACUGAGAAUGGAGAGAAUUGGAGCAUGGGUCAAAGACAACUAGUCUGUUUAGGACGGGUGUUACUCAAGAAGAGUAAAGUUUUAGUACUUGAUGAAGCUACUGCAUCAAUGGAUAUUGCUGCUGAUUAUCUAAUUCAGCAAACCCUUAGGCAACACUUCUCAGGGUCUACUGUCAUCACAAUAGCACAUAGGAUAACAUCAAUUCUCGAUAUCGAUAAGGUCCUCCUCCUCGAUAAUGGCCAUAUAUUAGAGUAUGAUUCCCCAGCAGAAUUGCUAAAGAUCAAGUCCUCAUCAUUUGCGAAGCUUGUUAAAGAGUAUACUCGAAGAUGUAGCUCUAAUUUUUGAAAGGCUAAACUGUAUGUUUUGAAUGAUCAGGUGUAAAUAGGUUGCAUUAGACUAAGGUGCAUUGACUUUUUGAACAUUUACACAAAUUUGUUGGGAGAAGAUGGUGGAGUAUAUAUUGAAAAUUCCUGUAAUCAUUUGGGUGGGCGUUAGCAUUCAGUUAAAGUAUUAGAAGUUCAGGAUACGAUGAGAGGGGAAAUCUAUUUUCUUCAUGCAUGCCUAUAAACCUUAUGAAAAGAUGUAUCAUAUCUUUAAGUGGCCAGAACAAUACUGUAUUGAUAUGAUACCAAAAGAAUGUAUCCGGUUGAUACGUGACCCUAUAUGGUUGA